AUGUCAAUGUCGAAAAGAUUGAAGGAAGAGGAGGAACAAGAGGAGAGGUUAUCUAUAGGACUCCCAGAUGAUAUCUUGCAGUCGAUACCGCAAAGGCUAUGCAUAUCAGAUUUCCAAGCGUUUCGCCAAGUAUGCCCUAACUGGGGAGCCGCUGUUAAUAGAGGUAUCGCCACCAAGACUUGCUUUCCUGCUCCACAGCUCCCGUGGCUUUUGCUCAGGAAGGCUUAUGAUUCUCUUCAUGCUUUCUCCAUCGAAAACCAAUUCUCAUGUGUAAGAGAUCCCAAUAUCUUCCCAUCAAUUAAGAUUGCCGAUUCUCCUCCUGAUCCCCCAAAUCUAGACGAUGAGUCAAUAGAUAUGAAUUCGCUAGGGUUUCUUCCUAACGCUUCUCUAGUUUGUGUCGGGUCAAUUGGUUCCUGGCUGAUCGUAGCUGCUCAUCAACGAUGUGAGAAUCAAAACAGCACUACUGUCAUCAACUUCUUCUUGAAUCCAGUAUCUCAUGUCCGAGUGAUGCUUCCCCCGCAGUCUACUCUUGAAGCAUCCUCCGAAUUCAGCAACAAUAUCCUCCAAUCAACCUUUUUAUUCAAGAAAAUGGUAGCUUCUUCACCUCCAGGGCUGCAGGAAGAGGACUGUGUUGUGGCUGCUAUAACAAGACCAGGUAAUGAUUUGGCUUUUUGUAGGCCCAGUGAUGCAGAAUGGACCCUCAUCCCCGAUUUUCCCAGAUGUACAGAUAUAGAAAUAUUUGAUGGAAAAUUAGGUGCUGUUACUGAAGGAAACAUGAUGUUAAUGGUGUUUGACAUGGCCCCUGAAGAUGCCAAUGUAACUCGGGCUCAUAGGCUUCUUGGCUUUUGCCCAGUCCCGUUCCCGUAUGUUCUUGUUAAUACGGAAUGGCGAUACCCUUGUCUAGCAAAAGAUUAUGAAUCCAAGGAGGUGUUUCUGGUUCUUCGAAAAAAGAAUAUAAAAGAAGGAUUCAAAGUGUACAAGACCAACGAUAAGGUUGAUCAUCCGGAUGGAAUGAGAUGGCAUCUGGUUACUGACCUUGGUGAUCGGACAUUGUUUCUGAGCAAGCAAAGUAAUAGGGUCAUCAAUGACAAGACACUUGGGAGAAAUUGCAUCUAUUUUGCUUUCAUGAGUGGAUUUGGGGUGUAUUCCUUGAAAGAUAGCACCGUCAAACCGCUACAUUUUCCUGAGGAUUGUUCAGCUACCACAUCCAAUGGCGGAAAUAGUCAGAGUCUUUGGUUUACACCAUAUCCAUGUUAG